AUGAACAGAAGUCGAGGGUCAUGUACAUGCAGGUGGUCACGGGCUGUACAGGCAGGUGGUCACGGCAUGGUUGGAUCUUCGCCGGCGACCACCUUGGUUGGUACGUUUGUUUUUGGUAUAUUGUCGGAGGAACACCCCGGGUAUGGUUACUGUGUCUUCUCGUCAUGUUUUGCCAAGGAAUCGAGUCGCGGGAUUGAAGACAAGAAUAUUGCCAGUACUUUUGAUCUGGAUAAUGCAAAAUUCGAAAUCUAA